CGAGGGGACAAUAGAUGAUAUGACCUAAGAUUCUUCGUCCACGAGCUCACACCUCUUGUUUCGGAGGCUUCACUUCUUGCGCUUGCAAACAACACAUGAAUGCAAGAGAGGGUUGUACAAUAGAACAAUAGGGAUGGCUUCAGCUUUGAGCAACCCCGAUGGACGGAGGAAAGGAAAAGGCGGAGGUUUCCGCUGACGUUAAGUCACGUGAGCGGGCUCAAAAUUAUCGCUGCAACGAGCAGUAGAAGUACACUUGCACUGUUGCGAAGGUCGUCUACACUUCAAGAUCAUAAGGACUGUUCCACAUCCCGUCAAAAGUCAAGCGCCAUCUUUCUUCAGUCAGUUUAGGCAAGAGGACGUUGUAGAUCUCACGAGAAAGCUUCCGGAGGAGUUGAUGGAGAAUGGCUGGAGUCAAUGAAGAGAGACCCCUUCAGCUGGACAAUGCUGGGACCUUGAAUCAAUCCGUCUCGACUUCGCUCGAGGUUGACAAGAUUGGGAUUCUGCCAGGCCACGAAAGCGAUUACAGCGCUUGUACCUUUGUGUUGAACCAUGAAGAUCAUACAUUGGGCAAUGCCCUGAGGUGGAUGAUCAUGAAGGAUGCCGAUGUCGAGUUUUGUGGCUAUAGCGCUCCACAUCCUUCUGAGCCAAAGAUCCAUCUUAGGAUUCAGAUGUACGACAACAUGUCUGCUGUGGACUGUUUACGGAAAGCUCUGAGUAAUCUCAGGGACCUCCUCAGCACCGUGGAUCAAAAGUACAAGAAGAGUCUCAGAAACGACAAAUACAUCAAAGAGGAUGAUGUGGACGUCAGGGCUGUGGUCGAGGAGACUUUGAGAGAGCGAGGCCGUUUAGCCAGCAGCGGGGAUGCCAUGGAUACUUCAUAGAUUGGUUUGCGGCGAUCUUGUUCGAACAUUGUAUGUAUCAUAGCUGCAUUGCAUUUCCAUGGUCCGCCC